UAUAAAGAUAUUGUUGUAUGUUCUGUGUUUUGUUUGUAAUUUUGUUAUUAAACUUUUAAUAAAAUAAACCAGAUACAAUAUUAAUUUAGAAUUUAAAUGUAGGACGCUUACCAAUAAAAAUGGCACAAUCACAGUUCGCAUUGUCUUGGGAGUCUUAUAGAACUAAUAUCUGCACAGGGUUUAGUACAUUUCAGCAGAAUGGAGAGCUUGUUGAUAUGACUUUGGCGGCGGAUGGACACUUUGUUAAAGUGCAUCAAGUGUUGAUCGCUUUAGCAAGCCCUUAUUUGAAACAGUUAAUCACUUCAGUACCAUCUCAACAUCCUGUGAUAUUUCUCAAUAAUGUGUCACACACAACCUUAUCUUUUAUAUUGGAGUACAUAUAUACUGGAGAAGUAAGAGUACCAGCUGAAAAUUUAUCUGCCUUUAUGGAAUCUGCAAGAGGUCUGCAUAUCAGGGGCCUGGAAAAUAUUACAGACAGCGAUAAUUCAACAACAAAAAUGGACACAACAACAAGUGAAAAUAAUCUGGACAGCACGAAAGUUAAGAAAAAGAUUGAUCCGAUCAUUCUACCGCCAAAUGCGAAAAAGAUAUUUGUCAACCUAAAUCGAGAUUCACCAGUUCUGGUCGCUGUACCGAAGCCGGUUAGUGGCCCAAAUGUUGAAGACAAUAUAACUGUUGACUACUCUGAUAGGAUGGAUGAUACAGAGCAAGAAUACGCUUAUGAUAAUGAAGCUGGUAUCCAAGUAUCCAACACCCCAAGCACAACAGAUGAAACUAAGCAAUUGACAACAACUAAAACAGCAAAUGACAAAUUGAAUUCAAACUUACAGUUUACGGUAUCAAUCCGCGGUGCUUUACAAGCUAUAUUGAAUCGCUACAUCUACAAUUUGCACUCUUCACAAAGCAGCGGAAUCCGACGUUGGCGCUGUAUCGACUACCGCAACAAGAAAUGCUCCGCUUUCGUCGUCACGCAAGGCAACGUUGUUUUAAACAGAGCAAACCCUCACAAUCAUUCGUUCCACGAUAAAAAGAUAAUAGACAAACUUGAAAAAAACGCUGUCUACUCCGCCCUGGACGAUGUCAAAGAUUUGGAAGAUAAAGAUGAAUCAAAAAAUAUACUAGACAGUAGUGACAUUUCACUCAAAAGCCGCUUCGUUGUGUAUAAUAGUUUAUACAUUUUUAUUACAAUGUUUCUAUUUUAUUCAUUGCUAAUUUUGUCCGGUGCGAUGUGUGGUGUUUUACCCAAUGAACGUGAACUACAACGAUAUAAAAAUAAUCCGUCAGUUAAAAAGCUACAGGAGUAUAUUCGAAUAGACACUAGUACCCUGGAAAAUGUUGAACUUACGGUGCAGUUCUGGAAACGUCAGGCAGAAGAGCUUGGCUUGUUGUUUAAUGUAUAUAGGCCUGGCAGGCUGCCAGUAUGUGUUACUACCCUCAGGGGCCGCAAGCCUGAGCUGCCAAGUAUACUGCUGAAUUCGCAUUCUGAUGUCGUACCUGUGGAUACUGAUUUAUGGACAUACCCUCCUUUUUCGGCGCACAUUGAUGACAAUGGUGAUUUGUAUGGACGCGGCGCACAGGACACGAAGGGUGUUAGUAUUCAAUACAUGGAUGCGCUUAGGAAGAUCAUUCACAAUAACAUUACUUUGGAGAGAACUGUGCAUGUUAUGGUCGUACCAGAUGAAGAAACCGGAAGUUUUGGAGGACUGAAACCUUUUAUUGAAACAGAUGAGUUUAAAUCUCUGAAUAUUGGUUUCGCGCUGGACGAGGGUUUGACGUCGUCAGAUAAUACGAUGGCCGGAACCUAUGUUGAUAAAAGACCUUGGCAAAUGCGAUUCAACAUUCAAGGAGUCGGUGGGCACGGAUCAUCAAUAUCGAAUGGAAGUACCAUCGAGCAGGUUCAAUCUCUUAUAAAUAUGGUGAUGGAAUAUAGAAAACAACAACUAAAUAUAAUGGCAUCACGGUCGCCGAGAGACUAUGGCGCGUACACUGCUGUAAAUAUAAAUAUGAUUCAGGGUGGUUUGGCUACGAACGUAAUUCCCAGCCGCAUGUCGAUGGUGAUCGACGUCAGGUUGUCAGUUGCAGAGAAAAUUUCUGAUUUCCUAGCAGUGGUAGACUCCUGGCUGUCGCAUCUCAGCAGUAAAACUACCAUUGAAUUUAUAAGACGUGUUGAGACUUCUGUGGCGACAGCUGUUGACGAUUCCAAUCCAUACUGGGUGGCUUUACGAGACACUAUACAAGAUAUGGGUUUUAACAUCGUGCCUGUAGUGUGUCCAGCGACUUCGGACAUGAUACUUCUUCGAGAGAUCGGCAUACCAGCAAUAGGAUUCUCAUCAAGAACUAACAUCCGAAACAAACUACACGAUACUGAUGAAUACAUACCCAUUGACAAUUUCCUGCGUGGAACUGAUAUAUAUGUAGCACUUAUAAAAAGUUUGGCUAAUCUUCCAGAGGGGAACAGCAAAUAUGAUCACUGUGAUAUUAAAUAAAUAUUACGAAAAGUCGUGUUUCAAAUAACUUAAAUGUACUUAAAAGUUUUACUUAUCUGAGAAAAUGAAACUAUAUCUUUUAAGUAGGUA